UCGGUUGAGCAAUAAUGACUACAAUACCAAUCUUCGGUCAACGAUCAACGACAAUUGUAACCGAAGAAUUAUUCCAAACACUCUUUGAAUUUUGACACACCGGUAACAGAGCCUCUGCCGGGCGAUAGCGACAACUAUCGUUGACAGUUGAACGACAACUGUUGUGUUUACAUACAAUUGUUUACAAUUAUAUUCUAUUCUUCGGUCAACGCAAUUAUUAUGAAAUUAGCGUUGUACGAAAAUUCUACAAUUAGUCUACAAAAUUAGCUAACGAUUAGCUCGGUAUAAUAUGACGGUACGAAAAGAGCGUCUGUGGAACAAUUUGGAAGAGGUCGAGUUUUUGUAAUCAUUCUGCAAUCAACCGUUGGCAAUCCUAACCGUUGCAUCCUAUGAUUAAUCGCACCGGCGAGACAUGAUAUUCUAUGACGAUAGCGCAGACCUAGAAGAACACCGAGUGAAAUAUGAAUUUGAAGACGAAGACGAAUACGAAUACGAGUACGAAUAUGAAUUUGAAGAAAACCAGCAUCAACUCGUGGGGGACAUAUAUAAUCACUGUUUGUAUCCAACGGUCUCAGAUGCCUUGUCCUACAUAAUUCCUCUUCUCAUCGCUUCUGUUUCGUUCAGAAUUUUGGCUCAGUCAAGAUACAUACCCGUACGAGUCUUUCAUGGAGGAUCUAUAGUUUUUGGGCUGUGGGUCGUACAGCGCUAUGCUUCCGAAUGUUUGUAUUUAUUCCUGACCCUUGUAACGGUAACUUACUUGAUCCUGCAACUCCCUAGACACUGCCCUAGAAGCCCUGCCGUUGGUUUCUCAUGCAUCUGCAUUAUGCUGUAUGGAGAAAAGUGGAUGGAUCCGACAUCGUGGCAUAAGGUGCGAGGUGUAAUAAUGAUUGCCGCAAUGAAGGUGGUUGCCGUUGCAUUUGACGAGGUCGUUGCGCCCUUGCCCGGUGCUCUGGAAUAUAUGGGAUACGUUUUUUGUCCGGCUACAAGUAUCUUCGGACCUUGGAUUAGUUACAAGGAUUACACUGCUCUGUACGGUGCGGUCAAUUGGAGCUUACAGCGGGUCCUGUUGGCUGUUGGAUAUUUACUGCUUGCUCUUUUCUUUUUGAGUGUAUCAAAUUGUUGGGCUGAGUGGAUUUUUGCCGACAGUAAAUGGAAAUGGUUCGAGGCGUACGGAGACGCGUUGUCCUUCAGAUGUUCGCACUACUUCAUUUCCUAUACCUCAGGAAGUCUAGCUGUGUUGGGAGGCUUCUCAUCCUUAGCUAGUACAGUGACAAAGCCUUGGUCUAUCGAGUUGCCUCGUUCGCUGGUCCAAGUCGUAAUUCACUGGAAUAUACCAAUGCACACUUGGCUAAAAAUAUAUGUAUUCCGUCGUAGCCACGUCCGUUUUGGUAAAUUUGGAGCAGUCCUUCUGACAUACGCGGCGAGUUCUCUGCUUCACGGUCUCAAUUUCCCGCUAGCUGCGGUCCUUCUUAGCCUUGGCUUUUACACUUAUGUCGAAUACCAACUGAGAUUCUUGCUCGCAUAUGUAUUCGACGCAUGUAUCGCAGCAAAAAAUUGCGCAGACUACAAAUGCAUUCAUAAGAGGACUAGCAGCAAUUGCUGGUGGGUUUCGGUGAUAAAUUUCAUCUUCUCUGGACUCACCGUAUUCCACUUGGCUUAUCUUGGGCUUAUGUUCGAUACCUCGGAGCAACAAGAGACAGGGUACAGUUAUACCCAUACCAUGGACAAAUGGUCAAGUCUCGGAUUUGCGAGCCACUGGGUCGUCCUCGCGACGUACUUUGCGUACUUUCUGAUCAAAUGACCGAUCUGCCGAUUGAGCGAGCAUUGUCAUGCCAAACACCGUCUUCGAGAGUGGGAAUCUCAGCUGGUGUGCCUCGCAGGGCAUAUGAUGAAAUGGACACAUCCCUCACGAAUGAAAGAAGGAGCAGGGGGGUGAUAAUCGUUUCGAUAAUCUUACAGAGCCAACAUUCUUUCAUUCGAGUCCUAUGAACUUUGAUUUGUAUUCCACAAUUAUACACAUGUAUUUUUACAAUUUUUGUAUAUUUUUAUCCAAUAAAAAUCAUCCUACUGCCAA